AUGGAUCUCAAACUCGUGAACAUUGAAAAGGAGGAAAAUUCAAAUUUCAUUCUUGGACAUUCUCACUUUAUCAAAACAGUUGAAGAUCUCCAUGAAGCCAUCAUCAAUACCAAUCCUAAUAUGAAAUUCGGAAUUGCUUUCAACGAAGCCUCUGGUCCUUGUUUGAUCCGACAUUCCGGUAACGAUGAAAAAUUAAUUCAACUCGCGAUCAAGAAUGCUCUCAAUCUAUCAGCAGGACAUACUUUUAUUAUUUUCAUUGAGAAUGGAUUUCCUGUGAAUAUUUUGAAUACAAUCAAACAAGUACCAGAAGUGUGUCGAGUGUAUUGUGCCACUGCCAAUCCAACACAAGUGAUUUUGGCAGAGACGAAUCAAGGAAGAGCAAUUUUGGGUGUUGUGGACGGAUUUGCUUCGAAAGGAGUGGAGAAUGAAGAACAGCAAGGAGAACGAAAAUCAUUCUUGAGAAAAAUUGGAUACAAGUUUUGA